UACACGUCUCCCGUCAAGUCAAUUUAAAUUUAAAUAAAAAGCAAGGAAAACUUUGCGUGUUUGUUUUGAGAAACCGCCCUUGCGAUAUUCUGGCAAGUUAUUAACAUAAUGAGUGAAAAUAUGAAGCCAAACGAAAACCAGCACAUGAUUUUGAAGGUUCGGGGCUAUGAUGGUACGAUCAUGGGGUUCCGGUUCAAAAGGAACCUGCCCUUCAAGAGGCUCAUGAUGGCAUACUGUGAAAGAAUGGGCAUUGAUAUUCGACGUGUACGUUUCUAUUUUAAAGGCAACUGCCUCGAAGAUACGGACACGCCAAUCUCCGUCGGCAUGCAAACAGGAGACAGCAUAGAGACAUAUCGCAUGCGCUAGAGCAAAUCCGCAUUCAAUCUAAAUAUUUUUUCUACCAGUUAAUCAAUAGUUCUUAAAAAAAAUCGGCAAAUUUUCAACCCAAGUGGACUUCGGAAUCGUUUGCUUUUGUCAUAAAAUCCUAAAAAAAAAAGCGUUUAGUAUAAUAAAAGUUUUUAUUUUCAA